UGGGCGGCCGUUCCCCGACAGGAGCCCGAGAGCUCCGCGGGAGCCGGGUCACUGCUUCCGCACCCGAGCUGGGGCAAUGCCGCUGGGUCGCUGGAAGAAAGCUGCUCCCCUGGUGGAGAACGACGAGGCGGAUGUCGAGAGCCGGCAGCUGGAGCCGGAGAUGGCGGGUGGGGAGCCGGGCUCGGGCCCGGGGUCAGGGUCGGCCUCCUCCUCCUCAGGCCCCCCGCUCCGGCCGCGCCUGGUCUUCCAUACGCAGCUCGCGCACGGCAGCGCCACCGGCCGCGUGGAGGGUUUCACCAACGUCCGGGAGCUCUACACCAAACUCGGGGAGGCGUUCAACAUGGAGCCCGCACAGAUUAUGUUCUGCACUUUGAACACUCACAAAGUGGACAUGGACAAACUGCUAGGUGGGCAAAUUGGCCUUGAAGAUUUCAUCUUUGCUCAUGUCAAAGGGCAGAAGAAAGAAGUUGAAAUCUACAAGUCAGAAGAUGCUUUGGGACUUACCAUCACUGACAAUGGAGCAGGUUAUGCAUUUAUCAAGAGAAUCAAAGAAGGAAGCCUCAUUGACCGAAUAGAAGCAAUCAAGGUUGGAGAUCUUAUCGAGUCGAUCAAUGGUCAGAGUGUUAUCGGUUUUCGCCACUUUGAGGUUGCCAAGCUGCUGAAAGGUUUGGUCAAGGGACAGCUGUUUACACUGCGUCUUGUGGAGCCACUUAAGGCUUUUGACAUGAUAGGGCAGCGUUCCAGAGGAGGCAAAUUUACAUCUGGUGGGCAAGUGGGCACAGGAAAAGGAACUCUACGACUGAGGGCAAAAGGCAUUGCUACUGUGGAGGACGAGCCAUCAGCAUUUGAAGAGAAAGCCAUUGAGAAAGUGGAUGACCUGCUGGAAAGCUACAUGGGGAUCAGAGACACUGAGCUAGCUGCUACUAUGGUGGACCUUGGCAAAAAUAAGAAGAAUCCAGAUGAGUUUGCACAGGCACUUGAUGAGGAACUUGGUGACUUUGCAUUUCCUGACGAGUUUGUCUUCGAUGUCUGGGGCGCUAUCGGAGAUGCCAAGGCUGGGCGAUAAACACUGGAUGCAAUUGCUGAGACUGUACGAGACCAGUGCAAGAGGCAUUUUGUUAAAAAAUAUAUAUAUUUAUAUGCUAAUAAUUUUAGGACACUGGGUCCUGGGUUACUUUUUCAUAGGAAUAUUUCAAGAUGAUUUUGUACUGUCAGACUGACCAAUAAUUCCUUGUUUCCAGACUAUCUGAUUUUUGUAAGCAGUUGAUUUGAGUACCUUUUUAGGUGCCAUAUUGUGGUGUGCUAAUGGUGUAUGCAUAAAUGGAUGCCACAACUUUGAAAGCAUUCUCCUGUGACAACACUAUGCAGAAGUUAUUUUUAAUAUAUUUUUACAGGUAUGUUUAUGGAAAUUAGAAGAGUGGGUUGGGAGAAGAAAAAUCCAUGUGAAGAUCUGAAUUGUCUGUUUUUUUGUAGGCUGCAAUUUAAAAAAAAAUAGAUACACGCCACAGUAUGGCAAUGAACUAGGGGUCCUCUACACCACUAGAACACUUAAAUUAUGGUCCUGACUAGUAAAUUUUAAUAGAUUUUCCUGUUUGUAAUGAUCAUCCAGUUUUGGAUGCCUGUUUGAGCAGAAGAUCAGGAAUGUUAGUAGGAAAGAAAGCAUUUUUUUAAAAGAAUAAGAGAUUUGCAUUUUAUACAAUAACUCAUGCCUGCUUCAUCGCCUCAAUGAUUCACUAGUAGAAUGUAAAGCAAGGUUUAUCAGACUCUUUCUUCUAUUGUUUACAAGACGAUUGUUUGCAGUACAUGGUCUAACGUUGUUUAAAUUUCCCAAUACUGGUUGAAACAGCAGACUUGCAGCCAUGUAACUGUAUUAAGCUAAGUACUGAUUGUUUUGCACACUUCCAGCUUUUAAUGACUGUUUUAAAGCUGCCAUGACUCUGACUAUGGCGGAUAUGUGAAAUGUUCAAAUUGAAAAGUGCACACCACUGAUUAUAAUCAUUUUAAUAAUUGUGAUCCUUCAGCCUUUGUACCUUGGCAAAAUAUUCUCAAGUGCAGGACUUGGAUUUCUAUAGCACCUUAAUAACCUCAGGAUGUGCUAAAGCACUUUACAGCAAUUAGGUACUUUUUUUUGAAGUAGUCUCUGUUGUGAUGCAAAGAACGUGGCAGCCGAAUUGUUCACAGCAAACUCCCAGGAACAGCAAUGUGGUAAUGAUCAGAUCACCUAUCCUAGUGAUAUCCAUCAGUAACAAAGUUGCAGUUAGAACACUGGAGGAAAACUGCCCUGUUCUUUUCAGACUAGCAAUGCAGGCUAUUUGAUGUACACUGAAGAGGGCAUUCGAGGCCUUUAAUGUGCAUUUGCUCUGGAAGAGGAUACCUCAGUCUGUGCUGCACUUCCUCAAUGCAUAAAGUAUUGGCCACCUUUUUGCACUUGAGUGGAUGUGAGGUGUAUCGACCAAUGUUGAAGUGCCGUCAAUAUUGAUGUGACAUGAAUUGAGGCAUAUUACAUUUUAAAGGAAAAUCACCCCUAUUUCUUAGGUACCAAGUGCAUUUAUAUCCAUUGAUUGUAUGUUUUAAACACAAACAGAAAUUGCUGGAAAAUCUCAGCAGAUCUGGCAGCAUCUGUGGAGUGAAGUCAGUUAAUGUUUCAGGUCCAGUGACCACUCUUCAGAAACUUUGAGUAAUGAUCACUGGACCCAAAACAUUAGCCCUGUUUUUUUUCCACAGAUGCUACCAGACCUGCUGAGAUUUUCCAGCAAUUUCUGUUUGUGCUUCAGAGUUUCAGCAUCUGCAGUUCUAUUGGUUUUAUUUUACUGUAUAUUUUAUACUGUUGCUUUUUCAGUGCCCCAAGGAGAUGAUAUUUAUGCUGUUGAGUGGGUUGGAGCAAAACAGUUAAUGCUGCAAAAGAAGCCUCUUCUGGUUAAUUACCAUUCUCAAGGGCAGUUUGACCAAGAAUCCUUUUUUAAAUAAAUCCAUUAAUUGUUAAUGUAAAGUUAAACAUAUAAUAAAUUCUGCUGUCUGCUCCAUGCACUUUUUAUUGUUUGAAAAGAUUGUAAUUUUGAUGUGAUUUAAUCCAUUAAAAAGGAACUGGUAAUUA